GAACCAGGUCGGCUCGCUGACGGGCAACUGGACGGGGCUGCGGGACUCGCUGCGCUCGCUCUACCUCGGCGAGAAUGACCUGCUGGAGCUGCCGCCCGGGCCCGGCGGGCUGCUGGCCGACUCGCGCCGCCUCUCCGCCCUCGACCUGGACCGCAACAAGCUGGCCGAGCUCAACGCGGGCGCGCUGCCGGCCUCGCUGCACACGCUGAGCGCGGCGCACAACCUCAUCCACGAGUUCCCCGCCAAGCUGGUGCAGCAGCUGCCCAACCUGGGCGUCCUGUCGCUCCGCGGCAACGUCAUCGAGAGCCUGCCGGCCACGGGCUUCCACAGCAAGCGCACCCUGGACCGACUCGACCUCGGCGACAACCAUCUGCAGGUGCUGCCGGGCGUGUUCAACGGCUCGCUGCAGGUACGCGACCUGCACCUCGACCUGAACUACCUCAAGACGCUGCCGGCGCAGGCGCUGCGCGGCUGCAACACGGUGCGCCUCUUCCUGGGCAACAACCGCCUCGAGACGCUGGACGAGCGCGCCUUCGUCGGCGUGGGCCACACCCUCGAGUACCUCGACCUGGAGGGCAACCGCCUGGGCGUGUUCCCGCACGCGCUCAAGCACCUGAAGCGGCUGAGGUACUUGUACCUGGGUCAGAAUGGUCUGCGGUCCCUGGCCAAUGACUCGCUGCACGCCUUCGCCAACACGAUGCGCGCGCUCUCGCUGACGGGCAACCGGCUCGAGGAAGUCCCCGCCGCGGCGCUGCGCUCGCUGCGCAAGCUGUCGCACCUCAACAUCGGCUACAACCGCAUCGCCGAGCUGAGCGAGGAGGACCUGGCCGACUGGGCCGCGUCGCUCGACACGCUCCUGCUGCCCAACAACCUGCUCACGGAGCUGGGCCCCUACACGUUCCGCCAGGCGCCGCGGCUGCGCGAGCUCAGCAUCUCCUUCAACAAGCUGCGCCACGUCGACCCGCUCGCUUUUGCCGGCCUCGGCGACUCGCUGCUCAGCCUCGAGGCUUCCUUCUGCCUGUACGACGACCACUUCCCCGAGGACAUGCUGCAGCCGCUGGCCUCGCUGUCGUGGCUCUCGCUCGACAACAACAACAUCCGCCUGGUGAACGGGACGGCGCUGUACCGCCUGCCCAAGCUGCAGUACCUCAACCUCGAGUCCAACUUCCUGACGCAGCUGCCGGCCGGGCUGUUCCACGCCAGCAUCCAUGCCAGCCUGGGCGAGGUGCGACUCGGUUACAAUAACAUCGCCAGCCUGCACGCGGAGACGUUCAGCGGGCUGACGGGGCUGCAGACGGUCGUGCUGACGGGCAACCGCAUCCGCUCCGUGGCGGGUCGCGCCUUCGUCGACCUCUCCAGCCUCGUCAACAUCCUGCUGGGUGGCAACAUGCUGUCCUCGGUGGACGCCCGCGCAUUCGUCAACCUGCCCGCCCUCAACAACCUCGACCUCCACGGCAACCGGCUGACGAUGUUCUCGAUGAGCGCGUUCCUCAACGUGACCUCGGACCGAACGCCGCUGACUCUUAACCUGUCGUCCAACCACAUUGUCGACCUGUUCGAGGGCGAGACGGGCGUGCCGCUGCACCUGCAGGUCCUCGACGUGUCGCACAACCAGCUGGCCGAGGUGCCCGUCAACUUCCUCAUGCGUGUGUCCACGACGCUGAGCCGCUUGUACCUGGGGCACAACCGCAUCACGAAGCUGGACGGCCACGCGUUCGGCAGCCUCCCCGCCAUCGAGCUCAUCGGCCUCGAGAACAACGAGAUCUCGGCCGUGGCCCCCGGGGCGUUCGACGGGUACCGACGCCUCCAGAUCGUGAGCCUGGCGGGUAACCAGAUCCUGCACCUGCAGCCCGACCAGUUCGCCCGCCUGCCCGCGCUGCGCAUCGUGGACCUGUCAGACAACCACGUGCGCUCACUGCCGCGCUCGGCGCUCUCGGGCACGCGCGUCGAGCACCUCGACCUGUCGGGCAACGAGUUCGUCGUGGUGCCGAGCAGCGCCCUGGAGGAGGUCGGCGACACGCUGCGCCUGCUCGACAUGUCGCGCAACAUCAUCGAGCACCUGGACUCCACCAUGUUCCCGGGCAUCCCCUGGCUCACGACGCUCAACCUGUCGCGCAACCGGCUCACCUUCCUCCCGGACAACGUCUUCUCGAGCCUGGCCGGGCUCCUCGACCUGGACCUGUCGCGCAACACGCUCCGCGCCAACUUCGGCGAGCUGUUCCACUACGUGCAGCAGCUGCGGCGGCUGUCGCUGGCCGAGACGGGCCUGCACGCGGCGCCCGCCCUGCCGCUGCCGCACCUGCUGCACCUCAACCUGAGCGGCAACGCGAUCCGCUCGCUGCCCUCGCCGCAGGACGGACUGCAGCGCCUGCGCGUGCUCGUGCUCAGCAACAACGACCUGCAGCACCUGCCCGCCGGGCCCAUGCUGCGCGAGCUCGACAUCUCGGGCAACCCCAUUAAGGUUCUGACGCGGGAGAGCUUCGCCGGGCUGCCCCGGCUGCAGUCGCUCACGGCCGUGGACCUGCCGCGGCUCGAGCGCUUCGACUCGGACUCGCUGAGCCGGCUGCGCGCGCUCACCUCGCUGUCCACGCAGACCUGGCCCCGCAUCGAGAAGUACCGCUUCCGCCUCGGCAACACGCUGUCCGCCGUGCCGUCGCUGCGCCGCCUGUCGGUGCGCGUCCUGGAGCGCUCGCUCACCGACCAGCUCCUCGGCGCCUUCAACCCCAAACUGCGCCGCAUCGAGCUCACCGGCCCGGACCUCCAGGUCGCCGCCGGCGACGCCUUCGAGGGCAUCGAGGACCACCAGGAGCUCGCCCUACAGAUUCGCGGCACGCAGCUGUCCGAGUUUCCCCCUGGGCUUUUCUCUCGGCUAGAGCGCGUGGCGCACCUCUCGCUGGACAUCCGGGACAACCAGUUCACCUCGCUGUCGGCCGACACCUUCUACCACAACUCCAGUUGGGAGACUGUGGGGACCAAACUGAUACCAGGUGGCCUCAAUUUGAACGGCAACCCCUGGUCGUGCGACUGCGCGCUGGCCUGGCUGGGCGGCUGGCUCCGCCGCUGGCUGCGCGAGGUCCUGCAGGUGCACGCCGUGGCGGCGGACGCAGCCCAGCAGCUCCAGGACGCGGCGCGGCAGGCGUCGUGCGUGGACCCACGGUCCGGCCACCGAGUGCCGCUGCUGCGCAUGCGCGACCCGGGCUGCCAGGCCUCGGCGCUCAGCUCGGCGGCGUCCUGGCGAUGGCGGCCGCCCUCCCCGGCGGCCCUGGGCGCCCUCGUCACCGCCGUCGUCCUGGCAACGGGCUCGGUGGGCAGGUUGGGUGCGUCGGGCGCCCUGGCUCUGGUGGCGGCCGCGUCGUCGCCGAGGUGACAUGAGGCCCGGGCGGAGCCCCGCCUCCCCGCCCGGCACCCAGCACCGCCCUGAGGCACUGCCUACUAAGGAGUCUUCAUGAACUUCCCAACGCGGCUAUCCUAGUCAGGAUCGCCUCAUCAGGCGAUUCUUGCCAAGGACUUCCUGUUUGGAA